AUGUCGUUCAGAGCCGGCCUCCGUUUCUUCAAUGCUUUCCGCAGCCAGGCCAUCCGCACCGGCAAGCCCGUCGCUCAGAGACGCACCUAUCAGUCCGCAGCCGAGACCAAUGUCGACCCUCCGCCAAACCAGUCCCGUCUCCAACAGCUCUGGUCGUCGCCCGUCGGCCCCAAGACCGUCCACUUCUGGGCCCCCAUCAUGAAGUGGGGUCUCGUCCUUGCCGGAGCCGCCGACUUUGCUCGUCCCGUCGAAUCGCUUUCGCUGUCGCAGAACGGUGCCCUCAUGGCUACUGUGCUGAUUGCAUCGAUGCAGNNCCUCGCUUCCGUCAACUUCCUCCUCUUCUGCGUCGGCGCAACACAGGUCUCACGUAUUCUCCUCUGGCAACAAGCCCAAAAGGGCGAUUCUAUCCCCGAGGAACUCAAGAAGGCUGGCAAGCAGGAGGGCAGAGAGCUUGAGGCUAUCGCCAAGGACCCUCAGGGUGCCAUUGAGAACGCCAAGAAGGUUUGA